GCUUCAUUUGCAUAUGACGCUCAGGCAUAAAUACGGAAGUCCCGUGUUCAAGAAACCUGUUUUCUGCUGCGCAACACAACCCAGAGGCUCGCUUUUACACGCUAUUUCUCGCCACAAUGUCGAUGACAGUGAAAGCGUAUGUUAUCGGUAAGGACGACUGCCACAAGGAGAUCCGCCGCUUUGGCGUGGAUCAGGAUGUCUCGACAAGUUUUGAGUAUUUGAAGCUGAAAGUGCUCGAUGUUUUUCUCGGUCUCAGGACUGUGCCCUUUCAAAUGUACUACAAAGAUGAGGAUGGUGACUUGAUUGCUUUCUCCUCUGAUGAUGAGCUAAUGAUGGGCUUGGCUGUUGUGAAGGAGGGCACCUUCCGUCUCUACAUCAAGCAAAAAAAGGAGCACAAACCUGAUUCCUCACCUCACGGGAGCUUUGGGUUCUCAUUCAGCCUGCCUCAUGGAGUCCCCCACUUUAGCCCCCCAGGUCCUAAUCCUAUGGGUCCACCUCAUAUGGGGCCUCCCCAUCAUCACCCCCCUCCUCCUCAUCAUCACCCCCCUCCUCCUCAUUUCCCUCCGAUGCUGCACACAGGGGUGACCUGUGAUGGGUGCGAUGGGCCGGUGGCUGGAACACGUUUCAAGUGCACCGUUUGCCCCAACUAUAACUUGUGCUCCUCCUGCCAGAGCACAGGCCUCCACAAGGAGCACGCUCUCCUGCCCAUCUUUCACCCAAUCCCCAACAUGUCUGAGGUGAAUGCCCGUUUUACUACUUUUGUGUCUAUAUCCACAGGUGGUACUGCCUCUGCCCAGGCUAAUAUGGAGUACCUGAAGAACAUAGGAGUGGGAGUGGCGGCCAUGUUGAACCCCUUUGGCAUAGAUGUGGACAUCGACAUAGAGCAUGAGGGGAAGCGGGACAAAGCUACACCAACGCCUCCUGCCUCCAGUGGGCCACCUAGUGCUCGGAGUGAGAGUGGCUCCAGAGGGUCUGGUCCAGGAAGUCAAGCCGCUGAAGACAGCAUCAGUGAGGGAACAAGGAAGCACAGAGAACAAGGCAGUGAUGAGGAAUGGACUCAUCUCGGCUCUAAAGAGGUGGACCCCUCCACAGGAGAGCUGCAGUCCCUUAGGAUGGAGGUGGAUGGGACGGAUCUUCCAGCCCCGCCAAGUACAGACUCUAGCACAAGCGCCUCACAGGGUCCCACUGGUCUGCGUGAGGCAGCCAUCUACCCACACCUUCCUCAAGAUGCAGACCCCAGGCUGGUGGAGUCCCUUUCUCAGAUGCUCUCCAUGGGCUUCACAGAUGAGGGUGGAUGGCUGACCAGACUGCUCCAUACCAAGAACUUUGACAUCGGAGCUGCCCUGGAUACCAUCCAGUACUCCAAACCCGGCCCACAGAAGUAGAGAAGGUGCACAGGAAUAAAGAAGACCUGGGCCAUACCUAAUGCUGUUUGAAACUUCUGGCCUAUUUUCUAUUAACAGUCUUUGCAUACUUUUUCAAUGACAUUCUUUACAUGUUAUCAACAAUAUUGAUUACUCAGGUGACAAGCACGUAGUUAAGUUCAUUUUUGGACUUGCAAAAUGGAUAUAUUCAACAUUUCUGUUAUUAGCAUUACGCUUCAUAUUAUUAAGAUCAUAGUCAUCAUAUGUGCAUAUUACAUUUAUAAGUAGUGACCUACAUUUGUGUGAUUUCUCUAUUUUAAUUUACAUAACCAAGAGUUGGACGAAGCAGAAACCUGGGGGUAUUUUUAUUGUUAGUUUGAAUAAGCAGAUGGAAUCGGGUUAAUGUUCCUGUAGGUCUUCUAAAAUGCCUGUCCUUUCUAUACACAAUAAAAUGAAAAAAAAAA